AACACAACAAACUCUACCACCUCGUCUUCUCCGCCCCCCAUUCUCUUUAUUAUUUCAUUUCCCUCUCCCUCUUCCUCUCAUUCUCAUACUCUCAUUGCCAAACCCACUGAACCAACCUCUCUUUCUCUUUUCUCUCUUAGUUACCAUUUCGCAAUGGCUUCUCCUUUUCUCUCUAGAGCUCCUCUCUCCAACACCAACACCAAUACCAAUUUCACUUCCAUUUCCUUCUCCUCUUCUCUCUCUAAUUCCCUUCCCUUCCGUCCUUCCUCCUUCUCCACAUUUCCCUCCAAGCGUAGAACCCUGACCGUCCGAUCCAAGAUCAGAGAGAUCUUCAUGCCCGCCCUCAGCUCCACCAUGACCGAGGGUAAGAUCGUCUCCUGGAUCAAAUCCGAAGGCGACAUACUCUCCAAAGGUGAAAGCGUUGUCGUCGUCGAGUCCGAUAAAGCUGACAUGGACGUCGAGACCUUUUACGACGGAAUCCUUGCCGCUAUUGUCGUCCCCGAAGGCGACUCCGCUCCCGUCGGCGCUCCUAUCGGCCUUUUAGCCGAAACCGAAGACGAAAUCGCCGAAGCCAAAGCCAAAGCCACAACCGCCUCCUCCUCCAAUUCCACUUCUCCUCCGCCGACUUCCUCUCCCGCUCCGGCAAUCUCUCAGCCUCCGCCGUCUAAGCCAGUCUCAGACUCACCAAGGAAGACAGUAGCAACGCCGUCUGCAAAAAAACUAGCGAAGCAGCACAAGGUUAAUAUCGAAUCGGUGGUCGGAACCGGUCCUUUCUGCCGAAUCAUCCCGGCCGAUAUAGAGGCCGCCGCAGGAAUCACACCUUCCAAGAGUAUCGAAAUCAAAUCAAACGUGGAGUCUGCUCCACCUCCGCCACCGAAAUCCGCGGCCUCCUCGGCCGUUCCGCCUCCAAUUCCGGGUUCUACGGUGGUGCCUUUUACAACAAUGCAAUCGGCGGUGUCGAAGAACAUGCUGGAAAGUCUCUCCGUGCCGACUUUUCGCGUUGGUUAUCCCGUCACCACCGAUGCCCUCGACGCCUUCUAUGAGAAGGUGAAACCAAAGGGUGUGACCAUGACUGCGAUAUUAGCCAAGGCUGCAGCAAUGGCACUUGCUCAGCAUCCAGUCGUCAAUGCCACGUGUAAAGACGGCAAGGGUUUUACGUAUAAUGCUAACAUAAACAUUGCAGUUGCAGUGGCUAUUGAUGGUGGCUUGAUAACCCCUGUUCUUCAGGACGCAGAUAAGUUGGAUUUGUACCUGUUAUCUCAACAAUGGAAAGAGCUUUUGAAGAAAGCUCGGGCAAAGCAACUUCAGCCCAAUGAGUACAAUUCAGGGACUUUCACUCUAUCGAAUUUGGGCAUGUUUGGAGUGGAUAGAUUUGAUGCUAUUCUUCCUCCAGGACAGGGGGCUAUCAUGGCUGUUGGAGCAUCCAAGCCAACCGUAGUGGCUGAUGCAGAUGGAUAUUUCAGCGUGAAAAGUAAGAUGCUGGUAAAUGUAACAGCUGAUCACCGGAUUAUUUAUGGAGCUGACUUGGCUGCCUUUCUUCAGACCUUUUCAAAGAUUGUAGAGAAUCCCGAAAGCCUGACAUUGUAGAUGAUGUAUCAGGUUUCUACAAAUUGAUACCUGUUGACGUUGAGCUGCUAUUCUUUCAUGGGUUACAGGUGAUAAUGGUGUGUCUACUUGACAGAGCCUGACCUAGUUUUGCAGUGGUCCCCCACAAAAUUAUGCUUAUGUUGUCUUUCAGUUUGUUUUGGUUUUUAAAGGUUUCCAGUACAUUUCCUGAUACUGUUGAGUAGAUUUUGAUAGAGGAGAAUAACUUUGAAGUUUUUUGAUGACCUAGAGCCUGUUUUAUUAGGAAGUGAGUGGUCUUAUAAGUUCAUUUUUCCAGCAUUAUUAGGGCGUAAAUUUUAUGUACACAUUGGCAGUUCAUGACAUGGUCAAGGUGGUGUUGAAGCGUAUAUGGUAUCUGUUUUUGAAUUGCAUUUGUGGCAACCAUUAGCUAUUAAAUGGGCCUCAAUUAUCAUAAAUAAAAAAGUGACAAAUAUUUACUUUGUUUA